AUGGGCUGCGUCUCCUCAAAACAUAUCAAGAAAGACCUCAAGCAAGAAGUCACUGUCAACAAUGGCGGCGGUUACAAAGACCACGUGGUUUCUCUCACUUCCAGCACCUACGGGGCACUCAGGUUGGACAACGACAACGUUGAUGAAUCAAAAACAUCUCCUCCUCGGCUUCGCGAAGAGCCUGAAGUCAUCAAUGCUUGGGAACUCAUGGAGGGUCUUGAAGAGGGAGUACCCAUUUCAAAUCACCACAAGAAAAGCCCCAAGUCCACUCCUUUCCUUCGUGGGUUCAUUGCUUCUGACACCAAGAGCCCCUUGAAGUUCCUCAACCAAUUCGGGUCACCCAAGACCCUUAAGAAGCUCACCGGCAAGGAAAACAGAGUUCAAGUCAAUGGUGUCAGACGCUUGGAUUAUAAUCAUAGUCCCAAGGGAAUUCUCAAACCCACCAAUUUUUCUCCCAAUUCAUGUAAGAAUUCGGGUUUUCCCAUAAAAGGGUCUCCGAUUAGUGCCAGAAGGAACAGUUUUGGGAGUGAUAUUGGAUAUUCCUCGCAGAGGAAGAGUUCUAGUCCCUUGUUUGAUCCAGAGCUUCUUGCAUCCUAUGAAAAGGAACUCUCUGCGGAAGAAGAACAGAUCAAGAGAAUGGUUUGGGCUACCCCAAAAACCCGAAGAGUUAGAAAAUCUCUGGAUUCACAAUCCCUUAUUAACAUGUUUGAGAAUAAGUGCCCCCCUGGAGGGGAAAAUUCUGUUGUUAUUUACACCACCACGCUACGAGGAAUCAGAAAGACUUUCGAGGAUUGCAAUAAAGUUCGAUCCAUUGUUGAAUCCUAUUGCGUGCACGUGCUCGAGCGUGACGUAUCUAUGGAUUCGGGGUUUAAGGAGGAGUUGAGGAAGCUAAUGGGAACAAAGCAAGUUAAAGUUCCGGUGUUGUUUGUGAAGGGAAGGUUGGUCGGAGGUGUUGAUGAAGUUGUGAAGUUGGAAGAAGAGGGGAAAUUGGGUGUGCUCUUUGAGGGGAUCCCUAAGGCAUUAGGUGAGUGUGAAGGGUGUGGUGGUGUGAGGUUUGUGAUGUGCAUGGAAUGUAAUGGAAGUUGUAAGGUUUUGGAUGAGGACCACAAGAACACUGUGAGGUGUGGUCAGUGUAAUGAGAAUGGGUUAAUUCAGUGCCCCGUUUGUCGUUAA